AUGACAUCCACCUAUAUAACAGAAAUUAGGAAGAAGCAGAAGGACUAUCUAAAUUGCCUAUUCAGCAAGUUUGAAAAAUAUUCCAAUGAGAAGGUGCUAACAAAUUUGAUAAACAAAUCGUUAAAUGAAAUUGCGUUGUACCCCUUCCAAGAUGUUAGCGACAACGAAGUCAUAGAUGAUGUGAACGGGUACAUCAAUGAGCUAACAAUUAAUGCUGAAUAUAAGAGGAAAAAAAUAUUCAAACAUUUGUGCGAGAUUUUCCUAAGUGACAAUUUUUAUAUAUAUGAUAGGAAGGAUAGAUACGAGUUGAAAUUCGUUAUUUUAAAAUUAUUAUUUCUGAUUGGGGAAAGCAAAUCAAGUGAGAAUACACAACAAAUUGACCAUCUGUAUGGUAAGUAUUUUCACAAAAAAGAAGAAGAAGAGGAAGAGGAAGUGACCCCCCCUUUGAACAUAAAUGAGCAAAAAGCGCUCUAUGAUAUACACAACUUUAACAUUCAAGAGGAGAACAAAUAUCUUAAAGAGCUAUACAGCACGGAUGAUGAGUUUACGAGAUUGUCAUCCCUCUCUGGAGAAGAGGACAUACAAAUUCGCGACCUUGAAAGGGAUGAUUCUUUACAGUGUGGCUAUCCAAGCAAUGUAUACAACCAGCUAGCUAAUUAUCAUGAUCAACCAGGCGGCCACAGUGGUGAAGAACCCAAUAGCAACCACUUUCACGAAACGCAGUACACCCAAUAUGUAGACAGCUAUAUGAAAAACAAAAAUGAUUUAACAUAUGAAAAUGUCGUCAAAAAAAUUUCGCAGUGUGUUUAUGAAUAUCCCCAUUAUGAAGAUGUGGGGGGUCAGUGGAGACACGAUGUGAGUAGUUCCUUCCAGAGUAGCCAAUCUAUCGGUUGCCUUGACAAUGGGUUGUCGUAUAAUAAUAUGGAGGAACAUGCACAUAAUGCGAAUGUAGGUACUAGUGCAAGAGGAACUCAGUCACAUCGUCGGAUUAGCACUCGUAGCUCUAGCACAACGUCCGAUGAAGACAUACUUGCCAGUUUUAAAAUGAGGCAAAACAAAGGGAAAGAUGCAUCCCACCCACGGAAACCGAGAGAACAAUACUUUUUUAAUAACAUAAACCUUUUCUAUGAGGAAUAUGAUGAAAGCAAAGGGAACGACGCGAACAUUAUAUACGAGACGGAAAUUUACAAUUUGCACAACGUGUUCGCCAGUCAUACGGGACAGGAGGGGCAAGAAGAGGCACCUGAAGAAUUAACCCGUAGGACGAGUAACCCUCGUGAAAACACAUUGGAUGAUAAUUCAUCGGGGUACAUUUACACACAGUGGGGAGAUUCUUCCCGUUAUGUGCACAGAUCGAAUGAGGAGGAACCCGCACAAACGGAUAAUCCACAACAUGGCGGCAACAUCGUCCUUGCCGAUAAAGGGAAUAUUAUAAAGCCUAGAGCAACCACCAAGGGAAGGAAAAAUAAAAGGAAAGGCACAUUUUACGUAAGCGAAAUAUUUAUCAUAAAAGAAAUCUUGAUGAUACUGUCCUUAAAUUGCCCCAUAAAAUUUAAGGAAGACUUUUUUACCAACUUUUCCGAUUUUCUAUUUAAUCACGUAAUGGACAAGAACAAAAUUAAGGAGGAUUUUUUAUUUUACAUAAAUAUAGAAAAACGUGAAAAAGGCAAGGGAAGUGCCCCACAUGGAGGUGUAACGCAAUACCGUGCAGUCAUUAGCCAAAUGAUGAGUGUCAAACAGUACAACCUAAGACGAAGGACGUUUAGAAAUUAUGUGAAGAAAAUAAAAAAAGUUAGUAUCAAAUUAUUUUACCUGAACAUUUUUUUUUUUUUGGUAGAAAAAUUUCGGUAUUUUUUUUUUUUUUUGCCAUACAAUUUGAGGGACAUUUUUAACCAUAUCAUAUAUAUAAGAGAACACCUCAGUCAUAAUGAGGGGAAGAACAGUUUGUCUCUUCUCUUCGAACAGAUGAAUUCAACUGGCAGCAAAGGCAGAGGGAGCAACAUCAACGUGUACUACCCGGGCAAUUUUCUCGAGUGCUUCAUUGAUUCCUUAAAGUGUAUUUAUUCCGAAUGGAUAUGCGUAAUAGAAAUUUUGUACAACUAUCACAUUCUGCUGGUCAUGAAGCAGUACAACAUUGUGCCCCUUAGGGAUGAACAAAUUUUGGAUGUCCUAAACAGGAUGGAUGGAAUACGCCUUAUGGAUUACCUGCGGGUUGACCAUUUUGUGAAUUGGAAGCGUCGUAAAAGGGGAAGACAGCCACACGGGAAGGUACACCCCCGUGGGGUGAUAACCCCAUUUGAUGAGGUCCACACUUGUGAGGAAACAAAAGCAAAUACCUGCUUCCACCAACGCAGAAGCAAGUGGGAAAAUGCAAGAAUACUACUGGAUGAGCAAAAAAUUGCAAACUUCAGAUCGCUCAGUCUUAUCCACCUGCAGGUUAUAAUGAGUAAAUACCUCUACGUGUGGAACAAUCUCUACGACUAUGUGGACUUUAUGUUAUCCUACCUGCUUUAUAACAUCGGUGUGGAUGACUAUACCCAUUUUAAUGCCCUAUAUGACAACGCCAAAAAGUUCUGCAUCUGCUACGAUAUGACAGUACUGUACUGGAGGAACUGCCAAGUUGUAAAUAACAAGUCGCUCGAAAAAAUUUUCCGCUUCAUUCUAAAUGGGCUAAAUGUGUACUACUCGAAACAUAUAAGCAGUUGGAUUAAGAAGGGAAAAAUUGACGAUACGUUUAAUGAAUUUUUUGUGUACUCGCAGGACAGGGGGGAUGAAGGGCCAUUUGCGAAUCAUAUGCUUUUUAUAAAGAAGCAAAGCGAAUUUGUCCUCUGCCCUGAAUUUUUUAACUCCUUUGUUUUUUUCCUAAUAAGUCUCGGAAAUAACAUUCGUUUGUAUAUGAAAAUUAGUCAUGAGAAGGAGGUAGACUACGUUGAUUAUUAUUUGAAGGGGGGCAGGGAGCACCUCCGACUUAAGCGCCUCUCGAAUGGCGAUUAUCUGGAUGGCCUCGGUGAAAUAAUCCCUCCUGACGAAUACAACGGGGGGUGCAACGACGAGUACAGUGAUGAGAUGGAUGAUGAGCGUGAGGACCCGUGUCAUACCCCCAUGCAACCGCCUUAUCGACCCAAACGAUUGCACAAAAACACCCUCAACUAUUAUUACAACAUUGAAAAUUUGAAGCACGUCCAGAAUAUCUCCCUAGACAUCAUCUCGACCCUUUUAACGAUGCGCCCAAAUGAGGAAAACCUCCUGCCCUACUUUAACAAAUCUAUUUUGGCAUUAAAUGUGUCAUACGAUUUGUACAUUAAAAAGUUCCUUCAGGAAGAAUUCUUUCACCUCUUCCUUCAAAGCAAUCGUAUUUUUUUAGAUAGCCUAAUGAAAUAUUCCUAUUUGUUGGAAUAUUUUUGCUGUUUGCGUAGUUUAGUAUUCCUCGAAAUAGCUGAUUUUAUUUCUCCUUUUUUUGAGUUCAUUUUUAAGGAGGUAUCCUUUCCGCUUAUCGACGAGAGGAACAUGAACACGACGUUUAGGCAGUGCGUUGUGCAGAAUGUGAAUAGGCCUACGCCAAACGUGGACGCAUCCAAUUCCUGUGCGUCCUUCUUGCACAAGCGGUUUGCGUUACUCCAUAUGAAUAUACUCAUGCAGAGGAAUUCCCACUGUGAGAAAGGGGAAAGGGAAAAAAUGUGCGAAAUGAAAGAAGGGGACUACAACACAGAUGCAGAACCAGAUCAUCUGCACUGCCUCAACGGUGAAGUGCACACUGAGGAGGAAAAACAACAAGUCCAAAUUACCGACAAGAAUAAAAGUGUCCUCACCAACUUUUCCCCAUACCCCUGGAAUUGCACCCCCCCAGGGGACCCUCCCGCAAUGAUAAAAAUACCAGCCCAAUCUGCAAAAAACGGAACAGUGCAUAGCUACACCGAUGGAAAAGGACAAAAAAAUGCCAAGCAGGAAGAAGCCCAGCAAAGAAGGGAAUCCUCCCUCUGCCAACAGUUGACGAAAAACUUUUACAAAGAAGAAAUUAUAACAAGUAUCUUAAAGAGAUUCUACUUCACCUUAAGGGAAAACAAAAUGUAUAACAACAAUAUGCGUGUUAUAAGCUACAGGAAUUUGCUAAUAGAGACAAGAGGGAGUGGGUCCUCUUUUGUAAAUUUUUUAUUUGAUUCUAAAUGUUUGGAGAAAUAUUCAACGAUAUUUUCCUACUUUCUUGAAAUAAAAAAAUCUUUGCAUGUACUAAAUUUAGUACACAUAUUUUAUAAGUACCUGAGGACAAAGAAAUCAGAACAGUACGAAUCUGUAGAGGCAAUUAUCAUCUCUUUGUGUGUUUUAAAAUAUAAAGUGUUCUUCUUCCUGAACACGCUGUAUACCUACUACCAGUGGAUAUUGAGUUUCUCGUGGAAACAGUUCAUUUCUACUUUAUUAAAAUCGAAGUCGUUGUAUCAGAUAAAACAUAGUCACCAGCAGUACCUAACCUUUCUAAUAGAAACAAUGUUGGUACCGAUACGCACCAGACACGAGGAGCUGCACAAUUUUUACAUAAAUGAGGAACACAGGAAAAAUGUCCUGCUUCAGGAAUAUGAAAGAAAAAAGGUUGUUUUAAAUUAUCACAGGUAUGAGAAUGACCAGGGGGAGGCCGAAUCCGAUACGUAUAAUCUGUGGGGUAGCUCCACUGUUCCUUUAGAACAUACAAACAAUUGCGAUUCUGGAGGGAGGUUCAAUCAAGUGGCCCAUGAUCCGGAUAAGUACAGACGUGAAGGCAAACAACGCGAUAUCGCAGAUGCUACAACAUGGGACAACACCAGCGGCAGUUCCCUACCUCAAGGCUCCCUCGAUAAGCAAUUCCUGUUGAAUGAAUUAUUUUCCAAUAACCUUCUUAACCUAUUAUCCAUUCCUUCCCAAAUUUACGAUAUCCUUCUAAAGGUGAGCAGACUCUUCAAUGUCAGCUUCGACCUAAACUUUGACAACUCGUACGAUAUGGCUUUUCAGAGCGAGCACGAGAUGGAAGAAACGGAAGACUACGAUGAAGAGGACGACCCUGAGGAGGACGAUUACGAUGAAGAAAUAAUGAACGUAAAAAAUGGAAUCCUAAACAGGGGGAACAAUAAAGUAGCAGAAGGGGGAAGGAAAACGCAUCCAAAAAACGGACAUGCAAAAAGUGAUGAGAAUAAUCAUGCAGACAGAGGGCACAUUUUAUUUUCCAUAAACAGUUACAUAAAAUCUCUUGCAAACGUUUUCGAUAUUCACUACUUGGAGUUUGUAAUGAAGUUAAAUAUCAUUUCUUUGAAUGUGGACCAAAAUAGCUUCUUUGGCCCCAAUAGGGAUUCCAGACUGUUUAACCACAUUCUGAGGUUAGACAAGAGCAUCCUGAAAAAGGUAACCAUUUUACAGUGUAUGUUGUCUUUCCACUCGUUUAGCGCUGACCCUGUGGAUGUCGCGUAUAGUCAGCUACGUUAG